CUUGGAUGUGGACUUGGAAAGUUCUUGUCGCGCCGUUUUUGGACAUCGUUUUCUAUACGUGCGAUAUGUUUCGCGUUAUUAACACGUUGAAUGUCACGCUAGUUUUACGGAGAUCGCCCGUGGCGCCACGAUGAAUUUUUUAUUAUGCGGUAUCGCUAUGAUGAUCUGGCAUCGGUUAAACGCACUCCUGGCACGAUUGUACGAUCCGAUCGAUCGAAUAGAGAACCUUUUCCUUAAGAUGAAGAAUAUCUCUAUGAUGACGAAUCAAAUAAUAUUCCUAAUGCUGGCUGAUCGUAUUUUUAUAAGAGAACCGAAAAUCACGUGUCUUUACACAUUGAUGUUUUACAACGUUGUUACAUAUAGCAUUAGCUAUAUCAAGGAAUUGAUCGAAAAGGAAGAUUGGUCGCUCUAUGUGACUGUCACAGAAAGAUCCAAAAUUAAACAUUUAGCUAUGUCCGCUACCAAAAUAGUGUUUGAAUGGACUAAAGCCGUCACCUUUAUCGUAACAUUAACAUUCAUGCUUCUUGUCUUUGGCUUGGAGCAAGGUCUUGAGCAUUACAAACCAUCGAUGAAUUACACGAUGAUAACGUGGAUCUAUUAUUUGGCAACGGAAAAAGUCUUCGUUGAGAUGUUUCCGCCGAUCUUGAAGUUUCUUCGUUUCGACACUUUUGAAAAUCUUGAAGAGCUUUACGCUCCAGUGAUAUUGAAAUCAUUUACUAUUAGCGUUUCUGCGUCUCUUAUUGUAAUACUUUUGCCACUAGCAUCCUACAAACUUUUAUUCGUCGCUGCUUAUUCCAACGUUUAUUUAAGAUUAAAAGAUCUAUUACAAAUAUCCGCCCCUGCGUUAAGUCUUGAACGUGAAAUAUUAAAUCGUUAUAGAAAAGCAACGCCUAAAGAAAUUAAACAAUUCGAUGAUGUGUGCCCUGUUUGCCUUUGCGAUAUGAUCAGUGCGAGAAUAACACCUUGUUACCACCUUUUUCAUGCAAGUUGUUUACGUCGGUGUCUCAAGACCAACAAUACCUGUCCCAUGUGCAAAAGAGAAUUAACAUUUGGAUCGGUAUCAACUCAAUAGUAAACGUAACCGUCAUAAAUAUUAUCGUCAUGAUUCUAUCGAUAAAAUCGACAUAUUCCGUAUGACAAUUCCACUCUGAUUAAAUACCUCAUCCACUCGAUGGAUUAACUUUUGAUAAUAUUGCAAAUCCUCUAAACCGCUUGAUAUUCGUAUAAAUUAAAUAUUGAUAAAAAGCAAAGUUAUUGCAUUCAUGUCCGUCUAUGAACAUUGAUAAAACAGAUAUUCUCGUCGUAUAAUUGUACAUAAAAUAAUAAAUGAUCUAAUGUAUUAACAGGACUGUAAAUUUAUAUUCUAUUUGAAUUACAAAUUGAUUUUUCUGUCAAAUGUAUUAUUUCGUUUGCCAAUUGAUAAAUCGAAAAUAAUAAAAACAACGAAAAUUAACGAGAA